GAAAUUAUUUAAAAAUUUAUGUGUGUGUAAAAAAAAAAUAUUGUGUUGAUACUUCUUAGUAUUUGAGAACAUAUCAUAGAGGAAAACAGUGGCUGGCUUUAGAAGAUAAAAUUCAUCUUUAAAAUUAAUUUGGAAGAAAUGGCAAACGACAGUUCUUUCACUUUUUUGUUAGAAGAUUCGUUCAGCGACAAUGAUAAAAGUAUCGAAGAUUAUUCGUCGAAAUUAAAAGAUGCUUUGGAGAAUCUUGUUCAGAAAUACGAUGGGGAAUUAUUGCAACGAACAUUGGAACAAUCUUUAUCCUCCUGCUCGGAUAAUUUAUUAGAUGAGAAAAUUUUCAACGAAAUUUUUCCUCUCGCCCAUGAUCUUUUAUUCGAGACUUUAAAGCAGAUCGGUGAAAUUAUAAAUACAAACGAAGUGAACGAAGACACGGUGCAAGACACGAAACGAAAACUGUUCGUUUGCCACGAAUUGUUAAAAAUAUGGGAAAAAUCUAUGGAACGUGUCUCGAAACUUCAGAAAACAUCUGCCAUCGAUCUUAAAUCCAUACUGGAGAACGUACUUGUUACGAUUGAAUUAAUAUUCAAACACUGUAGAGGAAGUAAAAAAUUAUACGGUGUUUUAUUCGAUCACAUAUCGGAGGAAUUAACGAAUCUCUUUCGUAAAGCAAAAACGAUCUUGAAUCUAUUCUUGGCCACUUUAGACGGUGUAAUAGUCUUCGACACGGAUACGGAAUCGGAAACGGAACUGUUGGUAAAAGUGAUUGAUUCUAUCGGAUUGUUCGUCACUAUUGCUCACGAUUUAGACUUGAAAACGUUCGUAGAAACGUCAAAAGUAUUCGGAAAAUUGGCAAUUACGAAACAAGAUCUUGUCAAAAGAACGAAUGCUACGAGCGUCACUUCGCAUCUUGCGCAAUUGGCAAAAAAUAUAUCCUCGAUGUUUUUGUUCUGUCAGGAUUCAACUGAGCGGAUCGAUGAAAGAAAAAUAAAAGUUAUUGGUCAUUCGUUAAAAAUUUUGGACAAAUUAUUCGCAACUUAUUGUUCAUACAUAAAUAAUGAGAUUCUUUCGUUUGUAAUCGAACUUUUAUUAAAAAUGCACAGGUGUUCUCCGUUAUGUUUGCAAAAAUCAAAGAUCGACGAUAAAUUAAUCGAAUUAAUAAAUGUACAUAUCUCUCGAGGAUCGGAACCAUUUUUAAAUACAGUUUUCAAAUCUUCCGAUUUCAAGCAGGCAUUUUUCGAAUAUGGAAAUCAAGCAAACAUCGAUAAAUUAGGUUAUCACUUAUUAAUAGUUAGCAUUAUGAAAAAAUUAAUCAACAUGCCGUACGAGCAACAUUGUAAAUGGACAUUAGGCGCUGAAUCGAUCAUUGAUGUUGCAUUAACUAACAUUAAUCACAUACAGGAAGAAAUAUUGGUGGGUCAAGUGAGAUUACCAGGUGUACACGAUAUCGGAGAAAGACCAAGAUCAGCUUCGAUAUACGAAGCCACAAUAGUGCCAAUUUGUAGUCUGAUUAGUCAAAUACCUGCGGAUGGAUUUCAAGCUAUCGAAUUGAUUUUGUUGAAGCAUUUGCUGAGCAAUCAAUUUUGGAGUUCCUUGCUCAGUUCGGAUAUUUGGUGUUUCGUUGAUCGCAUUGGCUCGUCGGAACUUUGCAUUAGUCACGUGAAAUAUCUGCUAAAAGUUUAUGCUGUUUUAAUGACACGUAGCAAUAGUCUCGAAGUCGUUAUAUUGGAGAAUUUAAUUGGAAGAUUGUACAAUUUACUGUCAGAGGAAACGAAACAUACUCUUAUAACGGAAUUUGAUGAUCUCGAAAAUCCAUCCUGGUUACCCGUCGCUCGAUUUUUGCCAUCCAAAACGAAAUCAUUCUUGCAAAGUCGAUUAGCAUGUAUAUUAAAUGAAAUCCCGACUGCCUUUGCAGAAUUACAGCGGCAACCCACCGUACAAAACUGGAAUCAUAUUACAAAGCUGAUGCCAUUGAUCGGGAAAUUGAAUUACACGGAAGAAAAAAAUAUCAUUGAUAUUCUCUCUCAGAUAUGGAACUCUAUAGCAAGCACAAUCGAAAUUUUCGAAGGUAGACAAUUGGAUAUAUUAUCGGAAUUUAUAUUGAAGUUGUUUGUUGCUACACAACCACAAAAAAUUCAAGAUAAUAUUUUCUUCUCGAUUAUAGAAGCAAUUCUAACGUCAUUUUUUUACUUUCCGCCGCAUGUUAAAGCGAUUGCGUCACAUUACUUAAGAAAUAAUAUCGAUUCACUUGACAGCUGUGAACUUAAAGUUGCCAAUGCGUUAGCGGAAUUCAAUUGUCGACUUUUAGAAGAUGAAAAUCCUUGGGUACGACAAGAAGCCUUUGAAUCAUUCGAUCAUGUGGCCCAUAUGUGUCCGAACGAAGAUCUUGUUACUAAAAUGGCUGCUGCAGUUACGAAAAAAUCGUUAUUAAAAGAUUCUUUGCCGGCUUAUUUAUCUGGCACGAUUUAUUAUGAACUUCAAAAUUUCUCAAAUAUUGAAGAUUACUUGCAACAUAUAGGAAAACAUUUGCAAGACAUCUACCAUGUUUGUAAUAAUUACGAGGAUUCUCAAAGGGAUGAAAAACUUCCUAAGUUGGAAAGUCAUUCCAUCGAAAGUUUUGAUGAAAAUCCAUCUAUAAACGAUCUUGAUGAACACGUGAGCAGAAUAUGCGACGAAUUGAAUGAUAUUUUAAAAAAGAAUAAUGAUAUCAGUAAUCAUGUUUUACGAAGAUUGCAACUAGUUUGUAAGAAAAUUCUGGAUCUAACUGAAUCUAAAUAAAUAUAUUUUGUAAAUGAAAUAAGAUAAGAUCGCAUAUAUUAAAACGUAUAUAAAUGUAUUAGUACAUAUAUGUACUUAAAAGAG